UGAUUUGCAGGGGCAAAGUGAGAUAACCUGUUCUUGGGGCCAAAGUUGAAAUUAAGCAAAAUAAUAAAAAAAGAAAUCCAACUUCAAGUAGGAGUCUUUCGGCAAACUGGAAAGUUCUGGAACUCGGUUUCGUCGCUCGGCGUCCAAACUCUGAAAAAAAAAAAAAAAAAAAAAAGUCUCAGUCGCCGCCUUCUGUAAUUUUGGUCGAAUUACCGUUUAUUUGUAAACUAGAGAAAGAGAGAAACAUGAAGAAAGGAAUACACCCUCAGAUGCAAUGGGUCUCCGUCGUGACGGAGGACGGCAGAUUGAUGCACCUUAUGGUGGCCAAAAUACACCACGCCGGUCAAGUUUUCCACAUGAAAGCGAAGCGCCAAAUGGCUCAGAGCAUUGGCCGGAUCGCCAAGUUUAGGCAGCGUUAUGGGAUGGGAACUUCUGAGCAGGGAACUGCUGAAAAGCCCGAAAAAUGAUCUUGAAAAAUGAUUUUAGUAGAGAACCUUAUACUUCUAGAAAUGCCUGUGCUUUGAAAUAAACACAAACCCCUUGAGUGCAAUGAGGCACCCUCUUGUUUUCAAUGUUCCAUGGAUGGUUUAUUUCGAAGACUCGAUUUUUUGUUUCUCAAUUUGACAUCAUUACUUGAAGAUGAGUUGAUGCAUUUCUUGGAACACUUGUUUAACAGAUUUCAGUUAUUUUU